UUAACCGCAAAAAAACGUCUUUUACCACCUUUAUUUGACUGUUUUUCUCAUCAAUUGAACUGUUGAUGGUGAAGGUGAAGAUGAAGUUUCUGCAGCUUCAGUUUGAUCUUCCUUCUCUCUCUGGUUCUUUGCGUUGAUUGUUGCCAGAGAUAGUCCAGUGGGUAAGGACACUGACCGGCGACGCUGAGAUGCGGGUUGAAACCCCGCUUGAGAGAUAGUCCAGUGGGUAAGGACACCGACCGGUGACGUUGAGAUGCGGGUUGGAACCCCGCUUGAGGUUGGUCAGUUUUGGGUCAGACAGAUGAGAGGAAGAAGAGAGGACACUCUUCAUCAUCAUCAGUUUCUCAGGAGCAGACCAGGAUGGCUCUGAGGAAGCAAAUACUUAAGGAUACCAGCGACAUUCCCUCUGGAAGCCAACAGAUAAUUGAUGAAAAUACACAGGAGGACGAACCAGACGACAAUGACGAACUCUCAUCAUCACUUCUGCCGGCAAUAAGAGAAAAACGUAAGCGAGAGAGGCAAAACAAAUCCAAAGAGAUGACCGAGGAGGAGAUGAUGGACAUGGCUCUGCGUCUGAGUGAACAGGAAGCCAGCGUCACUGCGCUCAGACAGCAGCAAGAGGAAGAGGCCAUGAUGAAAGCCAUCCAAGAGAGUAUGGUCAGCCAGACACAACCGUGCCCGCCGUCCCAAAGUCAGAGCCUGCUCUCCGAUGCUGAAGCUUCACUCAGGUUCUACUCUCGACGGAAACUCUUGUACUCAAACAGAAAAAUGGCGUCUGCCGUCAAUCACGGAGCCUCGGGGGACGUCUGCACACCAGAGACAGACCUGAGCCAAGGAGCAAAAGGAACUGGAGAUGAAAGUAAUAACAGGAAUAAAAAGCGGAAAAGGAAAGAAGGAAGUCCUCUGCUGGAGAUGCCAGACUUAUCGCAGACUCAGAAAAUAAACUCUCAGGCUUCACCACCCUGCAGCUUGGAGUGUCUCUCGGUGUCUCUGGACUCACCGCAGAGCUCUGACUCGACCCAGAUCGAGGACUGUCAGCUCCGUAAAUCCCCCGUCUUCCCCUCCUCCGCUGACUGCAGAGCCGAGGUGACGGUCUCCCGGCUGAGCAAGGACCUGCUGGAAACCUGCAGAUCCUCCGGGUUUGUGUUGUGCUCUCAAGACAGCGGGGACUCGACUCAAAAGUCUGCUCAACCCGAGAGCCCGACGUUUCCCAAAAGCCCCAAACCUUCCAGUGACCUCAUUCUGUCCAAGAGUCCCGUCUUCUCAGAGAGUGAUCGGGGAGACGAUGGAGAGACAGAGCCGAGUCCUGAGCAUUUUAAAAGUCCUGUAUUUGGCAGGAAUACUCAGCAUGAGACGUCUCCAAGUGCCUGCAAACCCCAACUCAGUGUCUUUAACUCAGGAUUCUCUUCUCUGGAGAGUUCAACCUCCCCUGUGAGGUCCGCGACAUGUCGGCCUAAGAGUCCAGUAUUCCCAAGAAGCCUCGGCCUUCCCAAGAACCUCCCUCCCCCUGAAAGAUCAGCAAGUCCUGUAUUCUCAGAGACUGGCGGAGGGCAGACCGAGCAAAGUCGUGGAUGUCGUACAAGCCCGGUGUUCGGCAAGAGGCCUGGACGACGACAAAAGAGUCGUCUCGAUGAGCAGAAAGACUCUGUGUGUCCUUCAGCUGCAGAGCUCAGAGGUUCAGACAGUGAAGGGAGUUCAACCACUACUACCAGGGAUCCACCUCAGAGUCUGAGGCAGGGCAGCAAGACUGAUCCCGAUCGAGAUGUUGGGUUUAACAAGUCAUCUAAGUCAGAUAAAGCAGAGGAGGAGCUGAAUAAAAAAUCCAAAGACUGGAACUCAGCAGAGACAGAGCUGACCAGCGAUAUGACGCUCAUCUGCUCUGACGAGGACGACGCCGUCACGCCGGUGGGCUCACCCAGCCCGGUCUUCCCAGAGGAGAGACCUGUUCAUCAGGCAGACAGCCAGGAUGCCUCCCCAAACCAUGUGACUGCAGCUUCUCCAGGGAUGAACUGCAGACCUUCUACCUCGUCCACAUCCACCGGCCGACAGCAGCUUUCCACCACAGAAAGAGAACCGCGGCCAAUCAGCAGUCAGGGAACAGCCGGCAGGGCGUCUGCAGGCGGGCCGACGGUGCACUACUACUGGGGGGUUCCCUUCUGUCCACGAGGAGUGGACCCAGACAAAUACACACAGGUGAUCCUGGAUCAGAUGGAGGUGUAUGAGAAGAGUCUGAAGCAGGCUCAGAGGGGUCUGCUCACGAAGGCUGAGUGGGGGGAGGCCGUCCUGCCACAGCUGGAGAAAUCCCCGUCACCUGAGUCGCCUGCUGCUGAAUCACCUCAACAGCUCGUUCUUCGAAGGCGUGGCAUCAGAAUGAGAGGCAGAAAACUGUGCGAGGCAGCUGACAGCCCUCCAGCUGAGGCAGAGGAGGAUGAAGAAGACAAGAAGGAUGAAGAGGACGGGGAGGAAAGAGAGAGCAAAGAAGAAGAGAAGCAGAAGGAGGAGGCAGAAGAAGAAGGACGGGUGGAUACUGAUGACUGUGAGGUUUGUCCAGAAACCCAACUGAGUAACGACGAUGACGACAGGACGCAAGAUCUGAUGAUGGCGACUGACGCCGGAGCAGAGUUUGAAUGUAAAAAGAGUCCAGAGGUGCCGGAGGUCGAGCUGAUUCUAAGAGACGAUUCUCCAACUGGGAAUGAGCUGCAGGAGGAGGAGGAGGAGAUGGAGGUGGACGCCCCAGCGGACAGGAAGACGAAGGGGAACGUCCCUGUUAGCAGCAGCAGCGAUGUUGGAGGACAACAUGUGAGAAAAGAGAUGGUAGAAAAGGACGUGGAGGAGAUACGGGAUCGAGUCCUUCAAAGGUCGACGUCUCCUGAACUGGAACCGGCCGUCGUCUCUCAGAGGCGCACUGAAUCCAAAGUGGACUGUCCCAUCUGCCAGGGGUCCUUCCCGGUGACGGAGAUCGAGAGGCACGCCGCGUACUGCGAUGGAGAGGUGGCCGUCGUGGACGAGAGGAGGCCGGAGAGAGCCUGCUUCCAAGUGUCAUUGAAGCCUCGUAGGAAGAGAACAAGGAGAGCAGAUUCAGCUGCUGAAGAGACUGACGAACCCUCCAACACUGGCAAGAAUCAAGAGAAAUGUUACGUCUGUCAGAGAGCUGUUCCCCUGAAAGACUACGGCCGACACACAGAGCUCUGCAUCCGGCAGUCAAAGACUGUAGCGAGGGGAAAUCUGCUGUCGGCUCUGGAGCAAACAGAGAGCAGAGAUUCAGAAGCCGGGCCGUCUGGAUCCCGACUCCAGCCAGGAGAUGUCAUCGAUCUGCGGGACGAUGAUGAUGAUGAGGAGGAGGAGGGUGGCGGCGGCGUUUCAGCGCUCAGGAUCAGUGACUCUCCCAUCAGAUCCUUCACUCCGAUCUCAGAGGCCACCGGCUGCCUUAUCGACUUCAAAAAACAGCAUCGAACCAAGAAGCUGCGCCAAAGACGAAGAUGAGGACGACAACUUCCCGUCCUGCAGACCGGUGGUGGUGGUGCUGACUGAAAAAUGACUGGAAACCAGAGCCUUAACUAAACACCCCAUCAGGUUGGACGUGACAUUACGACUAGAAAAAGACUUGUUUUGAACUGAACACCUUCCUGAUGUCACAUAUUUAUGCAGGUAAAUAGAUAUUGAGCACUUGAAUGUUCAAAAUCUAACCGUGUAUUCAAACCUGACUCUUUUUGUGCCACUAAAUGUUCUGAUUGUUUAUGUUGAAGGUGUUUCAGACUACCUCUUUAUGUAUUGAAACAUUUCCUUUUUGUUACUUCCGUUUAAUGUCUAACAGUGUGAUUUAUGAUUACAGCACAGAAACAACAUUUCACUGGCCUUUAACCUGAAAUAUGAGAAGGUAUUGUUUGUAGCCAUGCUAUCUGUGAGGCUACAAAGCUCCACUUUGCUCUGAAAUAUCUCAACAACUAUUGGACGGAUUACACAUGAAACUCUGUAAAGACUCUGAUGUUGAACUCUGAUCCUCUGACGUUUCAUCUUACAGUUUAUGACAGGAAACCACAACACAACAUGCCAAAUAUUAGCAUGCUUACUUGCUAAGUUUUAGCAUGUGUAGAUUGCUAAAUUGUCAUCAUGCUAAAUGUUAAAUGUCAAAACAUCAGCAUGCUACUCUAAAAUGAUUUACAAACUUUACAAUAUUGGAAGUUUGACCAUGCUGACUCUGACUGUCCACAUUCACAUGCUAGCUUUGAAACAUAGAGACAAAAAUGGCAACCAUUUGUUAAUGUAGAGGCUGCAACUAACUAUUAUUUUCAUUAUUGGUUCAUCUGCGGAUUAUCUUCUCGGUUAAUAAAUUAUUUGUUGUCUUUAAAAUGUCAGAAAAUACUAAACGUUGUGAUGUCCUAGAGCCCUAAGUGACAUCUUUAGAUCCAACCAAAAGUCCAAAACCCAAAGAAAUUAAUUUAAUCUAAUUUAAUAUGUCGGUAAAUUCUCACAUUUGAGAAUGAAAUUAGUGAAAAUGUAAAUUUUUUGCUUCAAAAUUACUGAAUAAUUGAUUGACACUAAAUUAGCUGGCAACUAUUUUGAUAAUCGACUGAUCAAAAGUCGACUGAUCGUUUCAGCUCUGUGGAUGAGAUGGACGUAGCUGUGCAGGUUGUUGUAAGUUAAUUUACUAUACGAUAUCCAGAGAAUUAAUAUAGCAUCAAACAACUAUUGUCUAUGUAAAGAUAUAGCGGAGUAAUGUCUACCUGAGCAGAGAAUGAAGUCACUCUCCCUCUGUGUGUGUGUUGUAAUCAGAGCUGUAGAAAUGCUCCCAAUUUCCCAUUUAGCACCUUUAAAAUGAACACAAAAUUCACGCAAUUCAAUCUGGUUACCUGGCAGCUAACAUACUAACAUGCAAACGGCAGAUCUGAACACACCAUAGCAUGUUAACAGAGUCAUGUUUGCACAGCUGAGAGUCUGAGAUGUCAUUGCAACGGAAACUUUUGGACAAACAUUACAUUUAUUAGAGCUAAGAAUAACAAAGUUGGCGCUCCACUUUCCAUCUAUCCAACAGUUUUUAAGUUUGUGGUCUGCUAGUGAGCACUUAUUAAUGAGGACAAAUAUAAAAAUGCAUUCCCAUAUUAUUAAGAUAAAACAGUGGAAGGAUCAAGAAGAGCCCCGACGGUAUUCCUUUCUCUAAUUGGAUCAGAGGAAAUUCAAAAUGUAAAAUCUCCAGAUUUGAUACAAUCAGAGCCUCCGUUUUCAUCCUUUUGUCUCAUCAGAUGUUAAUGUUUGUUAACACAUUAAAAGGGAUUCAAACCCGCUUCCUGUAAGAUCCCACGCCACCUGUUCUCACUGCGACUCCAGUUUGUGGAAGGAAGUGCAGUUAAAGCCUGAAAACUCUGAAUUUCUACCUUUUAAGAUCAUAACCUGCCUGUUUUUUGGGAAUCAUUUUCAAUCUGUGUCGAUCAAAUUUGCACCGAAGCAGCUCAAACAAAUCGUCACUGUAAUGUAAAAUGAUUUGAGUUCAGAGCCUCAGUCUGUUUUCAUGCUUUCUCUUCACUGUGGAUCAUUUUUAUCACCCAAAAUAUUUCCUGCAAAGUUGAUUAAGAUACAAUUUUACUUGUUAUUUUUUUGUCUUUGACUGUAUCACCCUUGAAUACUGUAUCAGCACUUUAGAGUAAAAAUUGAUAGUUGUUUGACUUGAGGUCACAAAACAGAAGUAAACUCACUGUAACGCACUGAACACACACGUCGGUUCAUUGAUGGAAGAGAUACACAGGUGAUAUACUACGGGAUAUUUUUUGCAAAACAAUGUGUUAUUAAUUUGUCCUUGAGGAAAUGUUUUCACACAGAUACAGUGUUUGUUUGAUCCUUUGUGUCAGAGAGCGACAGGCUGCCGUCGUUACAUUAUAUUUCCUGUGAGACUUUGAAG